AUGGCGUCGGUGGACGACGCAUUAGACGCGGCAGCAGCCGCCGCAGCAGCAGCGUCGGCGGCAGUCGGUCGGAUCGCCUCGGUCGAACAGAAUCAGCAGGCGAUGACGCAACAAUUGACCGCCAUUACUCAACAAUUACAGCUGCUGCUACAGGGUGGCGGUGGCGCUGGUGGCAUCGGUGGAGGUUCGGCUAGCGGUGGCGCUGGCGGCAGUGGCGGAGGUUUGCCCGGCGCUGGCGGCUCGGCCGGCGGUGACGCUGGUGGCGGCGGUGGAGGCGCAGGCGGUGGCGCUGGAGGAGGAGCGCAACAACGACGAAUCGUUGGAACGAUUUCUGCCAAUUGA